AUGGCCGAUUCACAAAAGUUCAAAGUUAUAAUCGUCGGUGGCUCUAUAGCUGGACUGACCCUCGCCCACAGUCUCUCCAAAGCUAAUAUAGACUGGCUUAUUCUCGAAGCUGGGUCCACACUCUCGCCCGAAGUCGGUGCAUCAAUCAGUCUUGCUCCCAACGGCGCCCGGAUCCUCGAUCAACUAGGUAUUUAUCAUGCUGUCGAGAUACUCACAGAACCUUUGUUUCGGAUGGUUUCGCAGACGGGGGAUGGGAAGAAGUUCCAUGUAUCGACUGUAUUUGAAUUUUUGGAGAAAAGGCUUGGAUACCCAACGAACUUUUUAGGUAGAAGGACGUUAUUAAAAAUUAUGGCGGAGCAUAUCAAGGAAAAAGAGAAAAUAAUUAUGAACACGAAAGUGGUGAAGAUAGAGCACUAUGAGACAGGGGUGACUGUGUUUACAAAGACUGGAGAGAGGUUUACAGGGAAUAUGGUAGUGGGGGCGGAUGGAGUGCAUAGUGUGGUAAGGUCAGAAAUGUGGAGAUAUGCGGAUCUAGUGAAGCCAGGGUUUAUUACAACCAAGGAAAAGACAAGAAUGUUCGCCAAAUUCAGCUGUGUCUUUGGAAUUUCGGCUCCGACACCUGGGAUGACUGAUCACACCGCUAUCACUAAUAAUUACAACGACCGUUGUAGUUCCCUCGUCGUGGUCGGAAAAACCGGACAAGUAUAUUGGUUUGUCUUCCAGAAAAUGGACAAGAAAUAUAUAUAUCCGGAUUGCCCACGCUUCACCAAAGAAGAUGCAGAAAAGUUUGCUCAUAGCUUUGGAGGUAACAUGAUUGCUGAGAAUAUUCCAUUUUCUGAAGUAUUUAAGACACGUCAACAUUACACUAUGACUGUUCUAGAAGAGAAUGUCUUUGAGCAUUGGAACUUUGGGAGGUUUACUUGUAUUGGUGAUUCGGUCCAUAAAAUGACGCCAAACAUCGGCCAAGGAGCGAAUAAUGCGAUCGAAACCGCAGCCGAGCUGGCCAAUAGUAUCAACAAGAUGGUAAAUAUCGAUAAGAAUAUAGCUCCAACCACUGAACAACUUUCCGCCUACCUCGAGGAAGCUAGCGCCUCUCGAAAAGUACGUGCUCUGGCCCUUACAAAGGCAGCAGGUGCGGUAACUCGUACACAAGUCUUUGAUGGAUGGAAGAACAAAUAUCUCUCCAAAUUCUUCCUUCAGCAUGCGGGUGAUGUCUUUCUCGACAAUACUUCUGAUUUGCUGGUUGGAGCUGCCAAAAUCGACUAUCUCCCACUACCGGAAAGAUCGGUAAAUGGAUGGAUGUCUUUUGAUCAGAAUCUGGGGAUCAAGAGGAAGCCGAGUAAGCGCCACCGAGCAUUGAAGGCAUCGGGGUUUUUGUUUUUGGCGGGUGCUGCUGCAUUGCUCAUUUGUGGAGGGAAAUACAUCAAUGGUACAAACACUCUGAUCAAAGAGGUUAUAAGUUCUGGCAAAUGGGCGACGGGUGGUGGAGGCGCAAUCUCAGUUAGAGAUGUAUAUCUUGGGAUCCCUGCUCUGGAUGCUUUUUUCAAAAGCAUUAUCGUCAGUCUUUCGCCGAGUGUAUUGGGAUUGGAUCACACACAAAAGCUCCAGAUGAUCUCCUUUGCAGCAGAGUUGAUCCCAAUACAUACAAUAUGGACGAUUGAAGCUUGGCGAGCAGGAAACUACUUGACAUUAGCAAAUCUCCCUCUACCGUUCAUGAUCGCAUACCAAAGCUAUGGUUUCGGUAUUGUAGCACCCCUCUAUUACUUCCUCAACUAUGUUCGGACAUCCUGGCAGUGCUACACCUCCUAUGACCUCCGCGUCGUCCCCAGAAACUAUGCAAGCACCAUCAUCCCCUCGACCCUGAUUUCGGUUGGUCUUCCUGCACUGCUCAUGUUCGCCCCCUUCUUCAACUUCUCUACCGACAGACGUCAAGCACUCGCCGUAGCAUUCCAGUUAUUUCCAAUUACAUCCGCUAUUCUGCACAGAAGAUUUGCAAAGGUUAUCCCGCAUAACGCUCACAAAGAGAAGUUGAAUCCCGGUACCGAUAUUCCGAUUCUUCGUAGAACCUAUGUUUUUGUCGGGGUUCUUUCGGCGGCUGUACAUCUGUACGUUCGCUCUUACUCACUCUCUGGAUACGAGGUGUUCUUUGCAGGACUUGGGCAUCCAUUCACUGCCGUAAGCUCCGCGGUGGAAGGGCUUGGGCAGGUGUCAAGGUGGAACUACCUGUUGGGUUUUGGUAGUAGUCUAUUAUGGGCUGCGAUGAGUGUUAAUGAUUUAAAAAAGAAGAAACAUGGGGGUACCGGUACAAACUGGAUCAGAAGUUCAUUAUUGGCGGUUGUGGGCACGGCUGUAAUUGGGCCAGGAGCAGUGAUGGCUGCAUUUUGGAUAUGGAGGGAGAAUAUACUGUGUGCUAGGCAGACUAGGAUGGAGAUGAAGAAGGUAGCACCGAAGGCGUAG